AUGCUCUUCAGGGCCUGGAACAGAUUUUCACCUCACGUGUUCCCGGCCUGAAGUUAGACCUAAGACUGAACUAUGUAACAUUUGACUCACCUGAUCUGACAGCCAGGCUGGUUUCAGUUCUGAAGAAUGUUCCUUGUCUGAGGGCGCUGGGUCUAACAGACACAGACCUAACACCAUCAUCACUCCAGCCACUUGUGCAGGGGUUCAGACACAUGUCUCUGUUAGAGGAGCUGGAUCUUACUGGGAACCGUGCCCUUGGUGAUGCUGGGAUGGAAGUCCUACAGGUUGGGCUGUCCAGUGUUCCACACCUGGCUGUGCUCUGUCUUCAGUAUGUCAGCACGACAGCUGUGGGCAUGUCAUCCCUGGCUCCCUACAUGCGCCACCUAGUGGGACUGAGAGAACUGGAUAUAAGUGGUAAUGAGAUUGGUGACACUGGGCUGGAAUCUCUCACCACCGUCCUCCACACCUUCACUGCCAUGCAGGUGUUGGUCCUGAGUAGCACCGGUAUCAUCCCCACACGCAUGAGCACACUGGUGCCUGCACUGUGUAAGUUAACCAGACUGAUCAAACUGGACAUUAGUUAUAAUGCCAUAGGAGACCCCGGGCUGGAAUGCCUGGCUGCUAUCCUCCACCACCUCACAGCCAUGAAAGUGUUGGUUCUCCAUCACACAGGUAUCAGUGACAGGGGAAUAUCAUCCCUGAUCAAAGCUCUGCCUCACCUGGUGCAAUUACAGGUGUUGAAUGUGAGCUUCAAUAACAUAGGAGACUCAGGGAUUGUCUCACUGGUGCAAACACUCUGCCAGCCCAGCAGUUUGGACAUGGAACAAAACCCACCUGGUGACAAGAGUCUGACCACAGCCCCUCACUAUAACACCACACUACAGGAGCUGCACAUCGGGUGGAAUAGGGGAAUAACAGGAGCCGGACUGGGGAGGGUCGCACAGCUCAUCAGCACACUGCCAGCACUGACCAGACUGGACAUGUCUGGUUACAGCUGGUUCACACCUGCACACCUGUCUGACACCGCUGCCAUGGAUCUGGCCGAGGCUCUACCCAGACUCCCUGCCCUGGAGCAGCUGGACCUGUGGCACAUCUCCAUGGAGCCUGCAGGGUUCCAGGCUGUGGUGCAGGCUGCUGAGGAACACCCAACACUGGAGAGGCUGAUGUGA